AUGGGAAAGCCAAAUCAGGCUCUGGAGAGCUCUCGAGCGAUUGAAUUCGCCAAGAACUUGGCUCUCUUUCUCCUCAGCUUCAUAUUCCUACCAACAAACGCCCUCUUUGCAUUCGGAGCUUACGUGUUGAACCGCUUCACCUCCAAACCCUCACAAUCUCAAAAUGACGGCGAUAAUCUGGACAAAGUUACAGUCUUGGUCACAGGCGUGAACAUGGCCAAGGGUCUCUCUCUCGCACGAAUGUUCCAUCGUCGAGGCCAUCGCGUCAUAGGCGCAGAUUGUCAUUCCCUCUCGCCUGGUCGCGUAUCCUUUGCAAUCGACGCGUACUAUCGUCUCCCGCCUCCUUCAGAAACGAUGAUGAAUGACCCAUAUCUCAAUCGAAUUGUCGAGAUCAUACACUACGAAAAUGUUGAUCUUUGGGUUUCUGUCUCAGAUGUCAAUGCGGCUGUUGAAGACGCUGCUGUUCGGGAAAUCAUCGAAGCUCGUACGAAUGCUAAGGCCAUUCAGUUUGGCGUUGAGGAUAUUCGGAGACUUCAUGAGAAAGAUGCGUUUAUCGAGCAUACCAAGGGUCUUGGUCUGACGGUUCCGCUAACGGAGGCUGUUGAGGAUAAAGAGGAUGUUAUUAAUUUUCUCCAAAGAAAUGGUGGUCUUGAACAUAAGCAUAGUGCAAGACAAUACCUUGUCAAACCCGUUGGUGUAGAUGAUGUCGCGCGCUUUGCAAUGCCUUUACUUCCUCUCCCCUCCGAAGAAGCUACCCUCGCGCGCAUUGAGACAAUUCCCUUCGAGACUGCCAAAUGCUCCUUCAUCAUACAAGAGUACAUCACAGGUCCUGAGUACUGUACUCACGCGCUCGUCAUUCGCGGUCGCGUUUGUGCGUUUGUGGCGUGUCGUUCCGCUGAUGUCCUCAUGCAUUACUCCGCUCUGCCUGUUGAUUCACCGCUGAGCAGAGCGAUGCUUGACUUUACACUGAAGCAAGCUGAAGAAGGUGGGGAUAGUUUCACGGGACAUAUGAGCUUUGACUUCUUGAUCGACAGGGAAGAUGAAGAUGCCGUCAAGUCUGGCGUUGAGAAAGAAGUCACGAUAUACCCCAUUGAGUGCAAUCCAAGAGUUCACACUGCUACUGUUCUCUUCAACAACACUCUCGAGAUUGUUGAUGAGUAUCUCUCCGUUCUUACCCCAUCUGCACCAAGACCUUUGACAAAGCCACCUGUAUCGCCUACCAAUCCCCAGCAAUACUACUGGGUCGGCCAGGAUUUUGUCGAGCUUGUUCUGUAUCCCUUCUACCUGACUCUCUUCCGAGGCACAAUGAGUCUUUCAGAUAUCCAAAAGUCCAUUCGGGCGUUUGUACAGCACAUCAUUUACUGGAAGGAUGGUACCUUUGAGUCUUGGGAUCCUCUUCCUUGGUUAUGGAUGAUGCAUGUCCAUUGGCCUGUUCAGUUCGCUUGGUACAUGUCUACAGGCUCUGUGUGGACGAAGGUUAAUGUGAGUACUGGAAAGGCAUUCAAGGGUUAG